GUUUUUGUUUUGGGUUGAAGAAGAAGAAGUAGUAGUUGUAGUUGAGGAAGGCCGGACUCUUUUUCUCUCGCUCUCUUGUUUCCGGAGUCUGAGGAGGGGGUGCGGCUGGUUGGUUGACCCCCCCCUCCCAUUCUCCUGGGAGUCACCCCCCACCCCCGUUGUCUGAGAAGGAGGCGAUUGCUCUUCUUCCAUCCCAGCGCCCUCCUCCUCCUCCUUCCUUCCUCUCUUCCUCCCUCCUCGCGGCGAAAAGGGAGGACGCCAGGCUAAGCAGGCGACGGAGGCUGCCACCGCUGCUGCUGCCCGCUUCCAAGACACGGGGGGCCAGGCCUGGCUCGGCUCGGCCUGGCCUGGCCUCACCUGAGUCGACCCCCGCCGAGCCUCCACCAUGAGGAGGGAAAUGAACGGGGUCACCAAGAGCCGGUUUGAGUAUACUUAGAACACAAAGGGCUGCCUGGGACAAAUAUGUUAUUAAACAACUUUCCCUUUGAAUAUUCUCAUCUGGACACCAUGGUUCCCUAUCACCUGAGAUUUGUGAAGGCCUGAUAUAGGCAGAAAAGAAAAACAGAUGUGAAGAAAUCCUAGUUAAGUUGGUUAGCAUCUGGCACAGAGAAGUUAUUCUGCAAGAUGAAAAAGAACAGCAUCUUCGUCCAGAGACUGACUUGGGGACUGAAACAGAUGUUCUCAAACAACGAUGAGGCUGUGAUUAACAAAAAGCUUCCCAAAGAGUUACUGCUUCGAAUAUUCUCCUUCCUGGAUGUGGUCACGCUAUGCCGUUGUGCUCAGGUCUCCAGGGCAUGGAAUGUCCUGGCCCUGGAUGGUAGCAACUGGCAGCGCAUUGACCUGUUUGAUUUCCAGAGGGACAUUGAGGGGCGCGUAGUAGAGAAUAUUUCUAAAAGAUGUGGGGGUUUCUUGCGAAAGCUGAGCCUACGUGGAUGCUUAGGUGUGGGAGACAAUGCAUUAAGGACGUUUGCACAGAACUGCAGAAAUAUUGAAGUGCUCAACCUAAAUGGCUGCACCAAGAUUACAGAUGCUACAUGUACUAGCCUUAGCAAGUUCUGCUCCAAACUCCGGCAACUUGAUCUGGCUUCCUGUACUUCAAUAACCAAUCUAUCCCUCAAAGCACUGAGUGAGGGGUGCCCUCUGCUGGAGCAUCUCAAUAUCUCCUGGUGUGACCAAGUGACAAAAGAUGGCAUCCAGGCUUUGGUGAGAGGCUGCGGUGGACUCAAAGCUCUGUUUCUGAAGGGCUGCACACAGCUGGAAGAUGAAGCUCUAAAAUAUAUUGGGGCGCAUUGCCCUGAAUUGGUGACUUUGAACCUGCAGACCUGCUUGCAAAUUACAGAUGAUGGUCUCAUUACAAUAUGUCGAGGAUGCCACAAGUUGCAAUCUCUGUGCGCCUCUGGCUGUUCCAACAUCACCGAUGCUAUCUUGAAUGCCUUAGGGCAAAACUGUCCAAGGCUUAGAAUAUUGGAAGUGGCUCGGUGUUCUCAGCUCACAGAUGUGGGCUUUACUACUCUGGCUCGGAAUUGCCAUGAACUAGAAAAAAUGGACCUGGAAGAGUGUGUUCAGAUAACAGAUAGCACAUUAAUCCAGCUUUCCAUACACUGUCCACGGCUCCAGGUUUUGAGUUUAUCACACUGUGAGCUGAUCACUGAUGAUGGCAUUCGCCACCUGGGCAAUGGUGCCUGUGCCCAUGAUCGUCUGGAGGUGAUUGAGCUGGACAACUGCCCUCUGAUUACAGAUGCCUCCUUGGAACACCUCAAGAGCUGCCAUAGCCUCGAGAGAAUAGAGUUGUAUGACUGUCAACAGAUAACACGGGCUGGAAUCAAGAGACUCAGGACCCAUUUACCCAAUAUUAAAGUCCACGCCUACUUCGCACCUGUGACCCCACCACCAUCUGUGGGGGGCAGCAGACAGCGCUUCUGCAGAUGUUGCAUCAUCCUAUGACGUGGGAGCUGCUCUAUCUUACGCAAAAAACAAACCAACCACACAAACUGAGUAUUUAAAUUACCCUUCUAGAAGUAACAGUGGAUACCAGUAUCUCCAGGGAAAAGUGAUGCCAGUGGUCCUCCGCACGGGCCAUUGGAAAUGAAAGCAAAGUGGGGGAGCUGGUCACAGAACUCAGUUUCCCUGUUGCCCCAUAGCCACACACGCACAUACACACACAGCAUAGUGUACACAAACACACACCUCUACAUAUUCCAGCAAAGGACCCUGGAGCUGGGGAGCUGGAUCCUUCUCUCUUUUUCUUGUAGGUGGAUUGGUAUAAUUUUGAACCAUUCCUGCUGGGCAUGCUCAGAAGAAAUCAUGGGGAGGGAGGUGGUCAUUACACAAAUCUGAAGAACUGCAGCUGCUUGGCAGGUGGGUGGGGAGGGGGUUGUUCUUUCAACAUUGGAAACAUCAAGAUGGACAAAACCCUUCAACAGAAGUGUGGGGACAGGAGUGAUAAUUGAAGAAGGGAACAAAAAUAAACACUGAAUCUUACAUCCAUAAUCCCGAGGGGAGAGAAAAAAUAAAACAAAAAAGCCCAUGAUUAUAUUUUCUAUUUUGAAAAAUUCAUCAAUCCUUGUGUUAGGGAAUGUUAAAACAGCAGCCAUCGUGAGACGUUGAUUCCUGCGCUUCUGUACUUCCUCGUUUUCCAUGCCGGCAUAUACACUGAGCAUGCUCAUGUUGAAGGUUCGGCGGGUUCUCUUCCGUGUUUCAUAGCGUUUGGCUCAGAGGCUUCCUAGAUCAUUGUGACGAUAAAGCUAGAAAUCUGUAACGUCAGGUCUGAUUUAUUUUGUUUUGUUUCCUUUCCUCUCUUCCUCAGAAUCUCCAGGUUUGUUUGUUUUUUUAAAAAAAACCCUAUGUCUAAUUCUGAAAUUGUAUGAAAUGAUUGGACAUAAAAUAUGUCAAGUUCAUUUUUCUCCUGGGGUGGGGAGACAUAUUUCACCACUAGGAGGCCACGUUUUGAAAACAUGGCUGUGAAAUGAAUUGAAAUUAUAAAAACCCUUCACAGGGAUUAUUUUUCAGUUCUCUUUUUAAAGUAAUACAGGCCUGGAGUGGUGGUGUCAUGUCAUUGUGUGUAUUCAACUAGAUUGCAUCAAAAAGACAUGUGGCCUAUAAAUUAGAAAUGGCACAUAGCUAUAUGUUAAGUCUAUUUUUAAUAACAAUGAUUCUGCCUCAAAAGAGCCAACUUUAUUAGAAGAUUCCUCUUUAGUUGGUCUUGAGUUCAUGGGAACAUCACCGGACUUGAGUAUUUUUCCCAAUCUUAGCACCUUGAUAUGAAAGCUGGCCAGAUCCAUCCCAUUCAGAAUGAAAUGUAAUUGUACUUUUGGUUUAGUGAUGUUUGAGGUUACAACGACUUCUUCAAAAAGCACUGGAGCCAUUUUGUGGUGCCUUGGAAGCAGGCUGGAAAACACUUUUGAUUCUGGAUAGGGUUCUUGUCCCUGAAAAGAGGACCAUUCCAGUCUCCUCAAGUUUGAAUUAUUCUUGCAGUUUGACCACUUGUUGUCCUUCCCGUCACAUUUAACGUGCUUCCACAACUGAUGCUAAUAAUGACCAAACAGUUUUGUUUCGCUUUUUUAAUAGCAUACCUGCUAACAUAGCUGUUGUGGUACAGAAAACACAGGGGAGCCCUUUGUUCUGGUAUGUGACUUCCCUUGCUGAUGCACAAUCACAUGGCAUUGUGAUUUUGCUAAUGUAAACUCGUGACGCCCUGUCGCAAUUCUAGUCACUUUUGAUUUGCUACUCCCACUUUAUUUUCAUAACAUGGUAGCUCCUGAGGUCCCAAGGCAUGGCUUGUGAAACAGCUGCCUCCGUGCCACAACAGUUGGAUUCAAAGACUCAAUCCAGUGUAAGGUGUCAUGUUUAAAGCAAGACAUUUCUGAGCAUCCUUAAUGCAGCUGCCACCAGACUAUGCGAGAAACGCAUAAAAUAGGCUUGAAUUUUUCUCACAGAAAGAUCUGUUCGGGUUUGAGGAUUUGUACCAUAUACCAAAGACAGUGUGGAGGGCCAGAAGUACUGGUGAGGUAGGAGAGAUUGCAUCCCUGCCAACAUGUCCCUAUUUCCCCACUCACCUGAAUGGGACCAUAGGGGCAUAUUGGCAGGUAUGGUACUGUGCUUGUUCUGAUUCUGUUUUACCCUCCAGAUUUUAGAGUGCCAUGGUCCCUAUCCAGAACAGGAGACAUCAGCCCCACUGCCAGGAGCCCAGCACAAGUUGCACAAAGAGAUUGGGCUGCCCCAGGGGCUUAGUGAGACCAACCUGUGGCGUAGGCUGCAUCCCAAGUUGCUGUAAGGUGAGGUCAGGUAUUCACUGAUUUCAUUUUCUGCUCUCAAGCGCAAAGGCCUUAAAGAAGCAUACUUAAUUGUAAUAACCGGAAUAUUGGGGAGAAGGUUCCAGUGUUUUAAGCAAAAAAAAUUGUGACAUAUUCUCCCCCUCCCUUCCUAAAACAGUAAUAACAAUUUAUUUGCCGUUCAGAGGAUUUGUGUCUUCUGGGGACCACUGGAGAAAUACUGAUAUUUAUGCAGUGAGCUAUUGAUAUGUAUAUUCACUCUCUCUGACACCCACCCCACCAUGGACUGGUUUUUCACAGGGCCUUUCAGCAGGGCAGAUUGCCUCCAAAUAUCUGAAAAAGGAAAGUCUGCUAUUCUUAAAGGGAACACUGACUUUUUCUACCUUCCUGUCCCUAAAAAUCUCUCCUGAUUUUUCUUGUGGAUUUUGUGUUUAAAGGAACAUGCCACUGAUCCCACUGCGAAACUCUGGUAGAUAGUCUUCUGUUGCUAUCUAUGAGUCAUGCAUCACAUUUGCAAAACUUGGUAGUGUUAAUUCCUUCUUUUGUAUCCCAGACAUCAUUGUGACAAUCACCCCCAUGUGGAAACUAACUGUUGCAAUGUUGUCCUCCUGAGCAAUCCAGGAACACAUUAUGUGUGUUUUGCGUCAGCAUUGUAAGAGUGUAGCACAGCUCUAAGUGUAAUACUAGAGUGUUUGGGGGUUUUGUUUUGUUGUUGCUGUAGGAAUAGGAGGGGGGAUGAGUAGCAGUACAAGCCGAGCGCAGUCCACUAGGCAUCAUUCUUGUGCAAUGAAUAGAGAUUGUGCAGCUGCUGUGGUGCCUGGAUUGCAUGUGGUAUAUUUUCAUUUGUCCAGUUUAAAUGGAGUUCUCUAAGGGCCCGCUACUCACACACACAAAUGCUUCCUCAUAAUAUAAUCUCAUACUAUAUACAUGUAGGAACAUUUUUCCUGUGGGCAGGACUGAUUGUACCCAAACAGCCCACCUGGUCUGAUACAUUCCCAACAGUGUGGGAUUUCACACAGUGAAGUGGGUCUAAUUUGUAGCUGUUGGAUUCCAGAAAAGAAAAUUAGAGGCCCAGAGUAAUGGUGGUCUCUCUUUUCUCCCCAGGGGGACUGCAGAAGAGAGAAAUUAAUUCAUAUAACUUUUUGAAGUCAGGAAUUUCUCUCCCCCCCCCCAUCUCACACUUUUGAAGUCCUUUCUGAAGUCAAGAAUUGCUCCCCCCUCCAUCCCACACUUUUGUCCAUGUAUUUAUUAAUACCAAUAAAACACCAUUUUCCAAGUUUGUCUUGUUAGAAGAAUCACUUUGCAUAGGAUGAGACCUUCCGGCAUUUUUGUCUCCUGGUAGUCAGUCCAGGUGCUUUCCCACCCUUUUUAAACUACUACACAACAGGACAGCUUUAAAAGUGUAAUAUGGGUAAGGACAAAUAUAUAUAUCCACAACUUCUGUGUUCUGAUUACCAGUGCAGGCUGCUACCUAGAGAGCUGGGACUCUCUAGAAGACCUGAUUUCAAGGCCCUGCUAUGAACUUGGGAUUGGUUCUUGCUUUAGUUUUUGUGUGUAAAAUUGUUGUUCCCCCAUCAUAUGUGAAGGACACGCAUGUGUUGAAUUAGGUGCAAAAAGCUUAGAAGUGUUGGCUGGCGUUUUGGUUUUUCUCUUUCUUCCUUAUUCCCAAAGCCUUUGGGUAAAGUGCAGUAUAAACACACCCCCACGCACCCUACAAGUAAACAACACAAGCACAAAAAAUUAUUUUUCAUCUAAGAAACCCAAAAGCAACCUAAGAUUCUGACUCUGUUGUACCAACAUCUGCUAGCAUAGAUAGCAUUAAAUGAUAAUAUAACCAUGAUAAUCUGCCCAGUUUCAGAGGCAAAGAUACCUGGGGGUACCAGAUGCUGGGGGCAAACCUGGGAAGUGAUCAUCACCUUCAUUCUGUUUGUGGGCUUCCCAAUGGCAUCCUGCUGCCACUUCUAGAGAAGAUUAGAUCAUGUCCUUAUGAUAAUUUUUUAUAAUCAUCCCCUACGACCAUCUUGGGGCUAGUAAUGUAUAUUAACCCCUUCAUUGAUCAAUUUUUAGACAUAAGUUUUGAGAGUGCUCUGUGUCAUGAAAAUCCCCUUCUGUAAGGGACUUUCUAUGCUUUGUGUGAGAAAAGAAUUGUUAACCUUCAGCUACCUGAUUACUUGUGAUCAAUAGUUGUGUUUGUUACUGUUUGAACCUGAUGAGAAUAUAGUGGAUAUCCUUACUCUUGGGAUGAAUGGGAGGGCUGAACAGAGUAGGGUAACUAAAAUUUUAAUUUUGUUCUAACAAGGUGUGCCAAAUCCAUUGCCUAAACAGAAAAAUACCACUAUUUCCCCUACUCACUUAAAUUCCAGUUACAAGUCACUCUUGAUUACUGGAUAUAUUGAAAAUCUUGCAGUGAGGCCAUUGAUUGCUGUGAUUCUCCCUCUUCCCCCUCCUUUCCCCCUAUUUAUUCAAUUGGAAAUGAAGGAAAUCCUAGAGUCAAAACAGGUAGCAUUGCUGUUGGCCGUUCCUUUACCUGAGCAAUGGUUCUACUUCAGAGGAGUGUGUGUGCCUGUCUGUCUUCAGCCAUAUCCUGUCAUGUAUUAUGGAAAACUUGGGACAUAGUCCAAUCAGCUAGUACUAUCCAUGACCCACUUACCUCAUGAACAGAGUGGUGGUAGUGGGAAUGAAGAUGUACCUACAACUGAGUUGUUCGAAGAACUUCAAGAUUUUGGAGAAAUGCUGAAUUGCAAGAAUUUAAUGAUGAAACUCCACAGUAUCUUUUGGUUUAAUCUGACUGUGUUGGACAUGGCUGGCCCAUGGUGUCGUAUGCUUGGGGUGGGUAAUGGGGAAAAGUAUGGGUUUUAUGAUAUGGUUUCUUAACUAAAGUGUCCCAUUUUAAGGGAGAAGAAGCAUAUGAAGAGUCUAAUAUGUCACCUGUUUGCUUGGUUUAGACUGAGGCUGGAAUUCAGAAGUAAUGUUAUAGAUUUAUAUAGAGGUGCUGAUUCUCCAUAGAUUGGAUGUCUUUCUGUCACUUUCCCCCCAGCAUAUGGAAAAACUUCCACUUUCUUCUAGCAAUGGCUAAAUACCAAACUUGGAACUGAGAGCCCUACAAUAGUCAAUUCUAUCGGGAAAGUUCUAACCAAUCACUUAAGUCGGCAUGGCCUUUAUUAAACAAAAAACAACUCUUGCUGAUGCGCUGAAGAACUGUUGUGCUUUUUUGGUGGUAUUAUUAUUAUUAUUAGGAUUGUUCCCAUAUGUGAAGACUCCUCCUUGGUUAUUGUCCCAAAUUAAAAACACACAACUUCAUAUGGGUGGAGCACAAUUCUUCCACAUAGUGGGAGGUAAUUUUGACCAGCAUCUUACAUUUAUUUAAAUGACAAGACUCUUCAUUUUUUCAUAAAUAUAUAUAUUGGACAUGCAAGUUGGAACCUUGCCAUUCAGCCCCUGAACAAUAUAUUAUACAGAGAGAUCUGUAAAAUAGUAUUUUAAUUAUCUGUAUUCUGUGCUUUCUCCUCUCCUGGACACUUGAGUGUGGAUAUAAUGCCAAUUUAACUAAAAAGUAAAAUGAUAUAUAUGAAUAUGUAUGUAUAUAUGUAGCUCAAUCUCUUUCCCCUCCCCCACCCCCCCAUCCAUGUUACAAUAUUGUUGUAAUCUUGGCUAAAUUUGUAUUGUGGGAAAAUUGUUGCAAAAAAAGAGAAACACAUUUGCAAAUCCUUGGCAUUUUCUGGUGUGCAGGACAAUGUGAUAACUCCUUGUGGAGAAGAAGGGGGUGUGUGAUUAAAUUAUGUGCUUCAGGUAG